AUGGCUUCUGAUCAAAAAAUUGUUGAAAUUCUCCAAUCAAAUAACGCUAUAAAGCAAUCAACAAUAGCAAUAGUAAAAGACUAUUUGAAACUUCAAGAUGAUUUUUUCAAGAAAGUUAGCUGUAUUCUGGAACAACUUGAUACGAUUCAAUGUGUAGCGAAUGUAUUUCUCACAGAUGAUGAAAAGAAACUUCUCAAUGAGUUCAAGCCCGCCGAAAAAGUUCAAUUGGCUAUUUGUGGCUAUAACUCAACAGGAAAGACAACAUUUGUUCAUGAACUAUUAAAAUGUGGCAGCUUUCUACCGACAGGCAUUGGUGCAGUUUCGGCGCGUAUUAUCAAAUUUUCUUAUGCUGCUGCAAACGAAGCAUGUCUGUUGAAGUAUCAGUCAGUGCUCGAUUCAAACGAGCCUGAAGAGACUGUUAAUCUUUCACUUUUUUUCACGAAUUCUAAGAGUAAGGAAAAUAUCAGAAAUCUUAGGGAAACUGUGAAAAAAUAUGUCGCUAGACCGACGAUAGAUAAGAUGUCUGACGAAUUUGAACAAUGGGCAUCGCAUUUCAUUGAAAUUCGUAUUCCAUCCCCCUUGUUGCAGCUUGGUAUUGAUGUUUAUGAUACACCUGGAUUUUUGGGUACGGAUCCACCGAUACUAGCUAAGAAUUUACUCAACCUUGUUUCUAAAAUACGUCCAUCACUGCUCUAUCUUUAUGAUAAUGCACUAGUGUCCGACGAUUCUCGAAAGUGUUUUGAACAACUUCAAUUGGCUCUUCGUCAUCAUUUUCGAGGUACAGCUAUUUUUUUUCUUAACACAAAAGCUGAUGUAUUAACAAUUCGAAAUGAUAGCGAAGAAGAUGAUGAUAAUAAUAAUAAUAAUGAGGAUGAACACGUCUUAAACAAGGAACGACAAAAAAGGUAUAAUCUUUUACUCGAUGUCAGUGAAAUGAGUAGUACGAUAUCAGAUGGAAAACGUGUUUCACUGGAUCAAUGUGAUUGUUUCGAUAUAUUCAGUUCACAAGGUUCAGCAGAUCGUAUGGAAGUUAUACUUAAAGAGCACGCUUACAAUACUGUAGUUCGUUUUGCAGUCAAACACGACUUGCGUAGUACCAAACAGAUCAUUGAUGUGAUAGUGAGACUGAUAGAUGAUUUCUUUGACUUUGUAUUAAUUACAAAUCGACGAUCUGAAGAUGCAUGGAAAAAAAUGCGGGAUUAUAGUCUUCAAUGGAUUGAUGGCUAUUUUGCCGCGUACCAAUCAAACAUACACGAAAUUGCGAGAGAAGCAAAACGUCGUUUACCGAAAAAAUUUGACCAACAUCGUGAUGAAAUUGAAAAACGUACUCUAUCACACUGUGAAACAACAUGGUGGGAAAAAAUGAUUGUUGCUGCAAAGCUAGAGCAUUCUAUUCCCUCUUCCGCCAGCAUAGAUUACAUCAACAUGCUUGUAGAGAAUGAAGUGAUAAAGCCGAUAUUAGAUGAGAUUACAAUGAAAAUGAGCAAGAACGCAAAGGAGCAAACAGAUCAAAACAAAGAACCGCAACAAACAAACAAAAAUGAAUUAUUGAUGGCGGCAUAUAGAAAAGUUAUGAUGAACAAUGGAGAUUAUGGUUCUUUUUACUCUCCAUCUUCACUUGGACUUUUCAGAAAAAUUCAAUUUCUAAUGCUCUCGCCCGCCAUACUCAUCGCAGCACCACUGAACUAUCUAAUAAGUAAACAAUUUUCUCGAAUCCAUGGAAGGAAAAGUUCGUUGAUAGAUUCCAGAAUAAACAGAAUAGAAGCGAAACGAAAGUAUGAUGCACACGAAUAUCUUAAUGACAUACAAGAAAAUAUGAGAGAUUUCGAUCAAAAAAUAAAAGAGAAUAUGCAAAAAUGGCUCGAGAAAAAUCGUGACGAAUUCAUUCUCACAGUUGAUAAUUAUUGUGAUGUUGUGCUUCAAACACUUGACAAACGUCAAAUGGCAUACAAUCUUGCUCGGCAAUUUGCUCCUUGCUUCGCUCGCAUUGAAUGCUGUUUGGUGUCUAAUCUGGACUUAUGCAAACAUGACGGUGAGCCCAUUUCUAUUCAAAGAGACAAUAUGCUGAGUUCAGGUGGAUUUUUUAAUAUCUAUCCAGCUAAGUGGAACUUAGAAGAAAACUUAGUGGUGAAAGAACUUAUUCGGCCGAUGGAGGAUCUUGAUAUUGGCUACUUAGAGGCCCAUUUUCAUCGUACAGCUACCCGCCUUCAAAUACCUCAUAUGGUUCCACUUCAAUAUUUGUACGAAAUCGCUACGAAUCCACACCAAAUCAGCAUUGUCUUACCACGCUAUUCAAAAAGUCUUCAUUCGUAUCUGAUGAAUCAAAUGCAGCAUGUAUCAAUAGACAAAGCUGUUCAAAUUUCACUGGAUAUUUCUCGUGUCAUUGCUAACAUGCACUCAUAUGAACUUGUUCAUCGUGAUGUGAAAGUUGAGAAUAUUUUGCUCGAUGAUAAAGAUCAAGUUUUUCUUGCUGAUUUCGGUACGUGUCAGCAUGGAACAGAAAAUUCAACAUUCAUUGGUUCUCGACCGUUUGUUCCCGAGGUGACCACAGGUGAUCAUCAAUACUCUUAUCAAGGAUCAGCUUUUGAUGUGUUCUGUCUUGGUGUAUUAAUGUAUGUUGUUGCUCCGAAAGAUUCUUUUCACAGACCUCGCGUUAUGAAAGACACUGAGGUCAAGUCACUAGAUCGAACUCGCGUACCUGAAAACUAUUGCCGUUUAAUUUAUCGAUGCAUCACUACGGAUCCUGCGAAAAGACCUACGGCGAAUGAAGUCGUAAGAGAACUCGAAACAAUAGCAAAUGAAGUAGAUCAUUUGAAACCGUGUCUUGUUUGCAUGAGCGCUCCACGUGCUGGUCGAUGUUUGCCUUGUAAACACAAAACAAUGUGUAUAGAAUGUCUGACAAAUCUUCAGCAAACCAGUACUGAACCCCAAUGCAUUAUCUGCAGAGAAAUAUUUACUAGCACUGAAAUGGAUGACGAUUUCAACACAUUCAUAGCUCCUGCAAGAACAACUGUCCUCAAUCAAUAA